AUGAAAUAUUCUCGUCCGUUACAACCAAUGAAUACAAUUCAAUCAUUAAAAAUAGAAUUAUUAUUUAAUAAUUUACUACCAGCAAAUAUUGAAAUCGAUGCAAUAAAUGGAACAUUUACUAGAAUUCGUUGUGAUUCAUUAGAUUCUAUUGAUAAAGAAUAUCUAUAUAGUCAAUCGGUUAUAUUUAUAACAGACGAAAGUAUUUCUUCAAAAUCAAUAGAAGCUUUCUUUCCUGGUGUUGAUUAUUGA